AUGACUGCCGCAGUAGAAAGCGAAGACCAGUUUAUCAAAGUCGUCGUGGGAAAGUUGAAGUCAGAGAAAGACGACGACAGUCAGAAAGAACAUACAUUUGAGAUUAAUGUCACUGGCGAGCAUACACUUGAAGAACUUUGGUUUACACUUGAAGAAAAUGGAUAUUCUCCACCCGAUCGCCUGAAACAGAUCGGCGAUGGUCGAUUGCGAGACAGACACGAUAUCAAAUCAGCUUUUUACCCACACACAGAGUUUGAGAUUGUCAGUGACAAGUCCGCGGCAGAUGAAACCCACAUAUACAUUAACGAGUCGCUCCACGCUGCAACAAGUCGGGAUCAGGAUGUCAAGUUUGAUGUCCAGUACGACGGCCAAGGUCAAACUUUUCUGAAGAUUGAUGAUGGUCUUGAACUUGUAUUUCACCGAACAGUGCGCAUGCCAGAUGAUGAUCGCCUUCAUUCUCUUCCCGCGUCUGUAGGGACUUUCCCUCUCUACAACACCGAGGACUAUGCGGACAGACUACCCGAGAAUAUUCUCGAGAAAGGUGGACUAUUUUUGCCGAUGUGGCAGCGGGAGGCUCUAUGGAUUGGGCUCGUCCGACCAGCGAAGUUUCGUUACAAAGAAUCCAUGAAUCGGAUUUACGCCAUCCGGGUCUACGUGGGCCAGAUCAAUGCCUUAACGGGUAAGAACAUGAUGGAGGAAAGGGGAAGUCAGCGGGACCAGGAUUACCUUAUUUUUCCGGGGCAGUCGUGGAUCGACGGCAUUUGCGUAGCACCUGGGGUCGUGAGGCAGUUUGUCGCCAUGCCGUUUCAAGACAUUGUUGCUGACCACAACCCUCCGCAAACGUGGAAUAUCAACGCUGCACGUCUGAUCAAUAUUCACAUCUUGGAUCCUGUCAGCUGUGAGUCAGUGACACAUAUUGUGCCACCGCCUAUUCCAAUGAGUGCCUAUGAGGCUAUCCUUGCCAAAUUGCCUUUUUUUGUCGUCUCAGAACAAAUUGAUAACCGCCUCGAGGGUGGUGAUUUCGACAACGUCAAGUCUGUCAGUAAGAUGGAUGAAACAAAGGGGAUUGCUUCCGAGCCCUCGUUGGAUCCCAAUCAGCCCAUUAUGUGUAGUAGCUGUGAGAAGAGACUGUGUGAUUGUGUGUAUGUGACAGUUUCCUAA